CGCGCGCUAAGAGUGUGGCUACAUCAAAACAAACUCCUGACAGGAUUUAACGAGCGCUUUAUAAACUUUUUAAGGUUUCAUAUUUAUCCGUUCUUUCGUUUAUUUAUUCACAUACGUAUCUGUAUGAACUUUUCCCCUCUGUAUUUCCAUUUAUAUUUAUAUUUGAAUGUUUUGUAUGUAAACGUUACAUUAUUACAUAUUACAAUACAGUCACAUGCUAACUAACGUUAGCCGAAUUAAAUUAGCGAGCAAUAAAUUUGUCUGAUAAAAAUGUUGGAGGAAUCUGAUCAGAAAUGUGAGAUUGACAUCGAGCCCUCUGUAAACCGACACAAACCAGCAUCAGAGAAAACUCAGGACAUUUCUCAUUUGCUGGCAAGUAUAUUUAAGGACCAGUACACGAGAGAGGUCAUAGGAAAAGACACUGUCGCGAAUCUUACAAAAUCAUACAAGAAAGGAAAUGACCACCAUGCCAAAUACGUAGAGGCACUUCAGCAAGUUCAUUCGAAGUACAACAGUCGGAUUCAAGAGGCAGAUAUGUUGGAGGAGCACAUCAUUCAGGCUCGGCUGAAGGCCAGUGUUACAGAAGAGCAUGUCCAGUCUCAGCUCAUGGAGGGUGUGGAAGAAUCUUACCAUCAGCUUGGCUUACCCCCAGUUAGGUCAACCUUUAUGUGGUGUGUGGACAACAGACUCCUCAAGAAUCAUAACCUGAUUUGCCCCCAGGACUACAUAACAGAGCAAGUGGCAUUUGUUAAAGCUCCACGAGGGAAAUCUGUGCCUGGCUUUGCUCAGCCAACUGUGUCUUACAACAUGCACGUGUCCACACAACCCCAGGAUGACGGCUAUACACUAAUCCCUGAGCCUGCUACAGCCCAGAGUCUUCUGGAGGAGUCGGAGGGGACACUCACAUUGUCCUCAGAGGAAACUUUCUCUAUUAGAAUGGAUUCCUCUCAGAAAGUAUGCCAGGUGCCUAAACCAUUAGGCAAGGAGAAGUCAAGACCGGAGGACAGUGCCGCUUUACAGAAGCUUAAGAAGUGCCAAAACUUUCUGCGCAAUCCUCACUUUGAGCCUCUGAGUCAUCUAAGAGGGGGAAAAUCUCUCAUCAAACCAGAGAAGAAAGUGGAGAAAGGAAAAAAGCACAAGAAAGAGAGCUCUAGCCCUGAAGAUCCAGUGCCGAUUUUCAUCGCCAACCCACCCGUAGUCCUGUUCACUGACUACCAGAUCGGAGACGUCUACGAGACCACAGUGGACCUGAGGAACAUUACUGCUGCCAGCCGUCACGUGCGGGUCAUCCCUCCCACAACACCACACUUCUCUAUUGGUCUUGGCAGGUUCCCUAGUGAUGGAGGUACCGUAGCUCCUGGUAUGAGUUGUCAGUACACGGUGCGCUUCGCCCCUGACUCUCUGGCUCAUUAUGAGGACUUCCUGGUGGUUGAGACACAGUCACCGCAUCCCCUGAUUAUACCAUUGGAGGCCCACAGACCCCCACCAAUACUCACGUUGCCUGCUGUCUUGGAUCUGGGCUACUGCCUGGUUGGUGGGGUGAAGUCCAUGAAGCUGUUGUGCCAUAACGAUGGUUAUAGUGCUGGAACCUUCUGCAUCAUGCCCAAAAGACAGUGGCCUGCUUCCAGUCUCAGGUCUGCAGUGAAAGCCUGCUUUGCAGAGGAGCCUCCGUUUGCGAUCAGCCCCUCUUUGUUCUGCUUGCUCCCAGGCCAGGUCGAGGUCAUGCAGGUUGUUUUCUUUCCCACGACAGCUCAGAGCUUCGCUCAGAGCUUCACCAUCGUCUGUGACAACUGUCAAGUGAAGGAUUUCUCUAUACAAGGCACAGGUCAGCUGGUCAUGCUGGAGCUGGUGGCAGUAGAGGGUGGUGAGGAUGUGCCCGCACUCGGGGAACUGCGUGAUCUGACUGCCGAUCAUUUUAUAAGAUUUGAACCGACCAACGUGCACUCUGUGCUCCAAAAAAAAGUGAUAAUCAAGAACAGCACGCAUUUGGAGCUUCCAUUUCACUGGCGAAUCAUGAAGCCCAACCUGCAGUGUGUGCUGCCUGGAGAGGUUCCAGAUCCAUCAGGCAUCCAGCAACAAGCUACCACUGACAACGCCUUCAGCAUCAGUCCAGCGACUGGCAUGUUGGCUCCUGCACAAGAGUGUGUUUUCCUCCUUACUUACUGUCCAGAUGAGCUUAGGGAUUAUCACAGUGUCUGUCACUUGGUCAUACUGGACGUUCCAACUUUGCAUAAGAUUCAUGACGAUAGUAAUGCUUCUGAGCAUUCGGACCCAGUCGAUGACGUGAUAGCAAUGGAGCUUGAAGUUAAAGGCUCCACUGAGCCAUUCAGGAUCCUGCUAGAGCCGUACGCCCUUUUCAUACCAGGGGAGAGCUACAUACACACCCCCAUCCGCACGAGAUUUAAGAUGUGGAAUCACAGCAAGUCACCUAUUUGUUUUCAAUGGGAGUGUAUCAGCGACUGCCACAGUGUUCAAGUUGAGCCCUCAUUAGGGAAAAUAGAAACGAAUGAGUGUUUUGAUAUGGAGCUGGUUUUGAUUGGAGGCCGACCGGGUUGCCUAACCACCAUGCUUAAGUGUCACAUUCAACACCACCCAAACCCAGUCCUCCUGGCCAUAGAGGUCACGUUUAAGGGGGCAGACUUGUCUGUAAAUGUGCCUAGUGUUGACCUGGGGCUCCUGGAGCUGGGUCAGGAACUUUGCACUAAUCUGCAGAUUAGCAACAGCAGCCCUUUAGAGGCCCAGUGGAGCCUGAAAGAGCUGCCGACAGACCCUGCACUCAGUGGACAGGUGAGCAUGGAGCCCAGUCAAGGUGUUCUGCCUCCUUCAUCUUCAUGCAGUGUGAAUGUGAUUUUCAGAGCCAUGUGCUGUCAGAGCUUUGAGUCUGUCCUGCAGCUCUCUGUGCUGAAUGGCACUGGAUGUUACCUGCCUGUUCGAGCUGAGGUUCAGUGUCCUCAGGUGUGUUUGCUGAACGAUCAGAUGGUGCUGCCUGAGCUGUACGUAGGAGUUGCACAGAACGUCAAAGCAACGCUGUUUAACCAAACUCUCCUGCCAGCACACUUCAUGUGGAGAAAGGAGCUCCAGGGCCCUCAGGCUCAUCUCUGCUCUGCCAGCUUUACUCCAUCCUCUGGCAGUGUGGGGCCCAACAAACACAUGGAGAUUACUGUGUCUUUCACCACACACACUGAUGAGGAAUUGACUGAAGUAGUAGCUGUGUGUGAGGUGGAGGGAAUGGAGAAACCGCUUGUGCUCAGCUUCCGCUGCAAAGCCAAGGGUCUGAGUGUGUCGUACUCUCUGCCUGAUGCAGACCGAGCUGCUUCAGAUGUUACAUAUGUGCAGGAAGUUGUCUUGGACUUCACCAAGGACGAGAAAGUCUUUAUUGGCAAAUCAGUGAACAAACAGCUGCUGAUAACCAAUCACACUGCAAUUUCAGCCUCUUUUCUCAUCGAGGCAGAGGUCUUUGGUGCACACCGGUCCGUGGAAUCGGUCAAAAAGUCUAAAUAUAGGGGUCACUGUGUGAACUCGCCUUCUCUGGUUAUGCGAUCAAAGAAAAUAGAGGAAAAAGAAUACGAAGAUUUUGUGCGUGGACUUCUCUCUCAUGGGAAAGGUGUAGCGUUUUUGGUCGAGCCAGAGAAAGGGACACUGGGCCCUUUUGAAACGGUGGUCAUUAACAUCACCUCUCACAGCAACAUGUGGGGCGAUUACGAAGACCACCUCAUCUGCAAAGUCGGUGAUCUGAAUCAGACGCUUGUUCCAAUGAGAAUAUCUGUGAAAGGUUGCCCUAUAUACUUCCAGAUGAUUGGACCGCAGCCGGAGAACCAGAACCAAGGACCAAAUAUACGAUUUGGAACUCACAUUUCCGGAGGAGACACAGUGUCACGGUCUCUCCGUUUGAAUAACACCAGCACAUACGAUAUCCGUUUGGACUGGCUGACCUACAACAAAGAGCCAGAAGACAAGAAGCUAAUAGACUUGCUCGUGGCAUACGGUGAACCUUUUCCUCUUAAGGACGUUGACGGUAACGAUUUUGUCAGAGGUCCAAACACCCACAUGGGUUUUUUAGCAAGGUCGCAUCAAAGCCAAACUCCCAGCACGGAAGGAAGCAGCUCGUCUCUCAGAAGCACAUCGGAGUGUUCAGAUUUUGUCGAACAGUGUGAAGAAGAGGAUCGAGGAGCAAAAGUUUCUCUGGCUUCAUCAAGAAAACUGUUUUCUGUAUUUAUCAAGCCCCAUGAGGGAUGUACAUCAGAUUACCCAUACUGCAUCACUCCACAACAGAUAGUGGUCCCUGCAGGGGGUAGCAGCACCAUCCAUUUGUCUUUUACGCCUCUCACACUGUCUGAUCUAGCUGCCAGCCACACGUGUGUGGGUUACGCUCUUGGCUUCAUGUCACUGGACUCGAAGGUGGUGCCGAGCCUCGAAGGGAAAGUGACGAGAGCUCAGGGUUACGAGCUGGAACCCCUGAGACUGGACAUGUUGGCGUAUGUUAAACCAGCCAUCCUAACAGUCCAGAUGGAGGAGGACGAAGAUGCUCUGGAGUUCAGUGCUGCUGCCAGUGAUUUACUUGACGGACACACACUCAGACAGGAGCGUGUGACAGUGCGCACGCUGCAACUCAUCAACAGCACUGACAUUCCUCUGAGUUUCACACUCAGCACACAGUGGCCGUUUUCCAUCCUCCAGUACACACAUCAGGGCAGCUCCAACUCUCCACACACACACAGCCUUGCGGGACACACCGAGAGACAACACUCACUGCCACCCAAACACAAUAUGCAGGUCAAGGUGGCUUUUCACCUUUCAGCAUCCCUCCUGACUUGUAGCGAAGCUCCACCUUCUAUCACACUAGUGUGUGGUGACAGAGGAGAAAGGAGACUGAGAAUUCAACAGAGUCUCCUAAUUCAAUACAGGAACAACUCUGUGCAGAGCGUCGCUCUGGGUGCACACUUGGCACUACCCACACUGCACCUCUCCUCUGAUAGCGUUGACUUUGGCACCUGUUAUGUGGGUCAGACCAGAGUUAAAGAAGUGUCCCUUUCUAAUCGGGGCGGCUCCAGCAGUUUCUGGACUUCACUGCUAGGUGUGGAUGCUGAAGAGAGUAAAGUGUUCAGAGUCACACCAGACCAUGGCCUUUUAGAUCCAAUGGAGUGUCCCAGAUCCUCCUCUAGACAAGUGCUAGAGAUCAGCUUCACACCGAGGGAUCAGGAUUUAUUCCAGACCACGUUCACAGUGCGAGGUAUUCUGGGAGAACCCCGUCUUACUCUGCAGAUUCAGGGACGAGGAUCUUUGGACGAGAGAUAUGCAUCCAACCUGACCUGACACCUGAGAAAACAAUAAACACUCCGACAGCUUUA